AUGGCGAUUGCACCAGCCGGGAAUCGAACCCGGGUCUGUACCGUGGCAGGGUACUAUUCUACCACUAGACCACUGUAUAACCCGCUCGCUUUUCUCUCUGUCACUCUUCCUCAACGCGAAUCUCUCUCUCUUGUCCUCGUCUCGGCCAACGCUUCCUCAGAGGUCGACGACGAUCUGCUGAUCAGGCACGUCGUGAACGCGGCGGAUCUCCACCGACAAUCGCCACAUCUCUUUCUUCAAGAGACGUUUCGGAGGACAUAUUUGGGGAUUACAGGUGGGCUUCGGUUGCCGAAGGAUGCGAAUCGGGCCCUGCUUCUGCCGACCGAUGAUCUGCCCGAUGAUGUCGAUUGGAGAGAUGACGGAGCUGUCACCGCCGUAAAAAAUCUGGGCUCAUGUGGAUCAUGCUGGAUUUUCAGCACGACAGGAGCACUGGAAGGUUCUUAUUACCUUGCUACUGGAGAACUAGUUAGCCUCAGCGAGCAACAACUUGUGGAUUGUGAUCAUGAGGUAGGCUCAUGCGAGAGGGCGACUACCCUAUGCUGGCAUAGAUUGUGGGACUUGCAAAUUCGACAAGUCCAAGGUUGCUGCAUCAGGGGUCAACUUCGGCAUUGUUUCCUUGAUGAAGAUCGAAUAGCGGCAAAUCCGUGGCUAUCAACGCCGUGUUCAAGCAGACAUACAUGGGGUUUGUUGGUCGGGUAUGUGAUUCUGCAGGUUAUGCUCCCCGUUAGAAUGAGGAUAUAAGCGUUAGUGGAUCAUAAAGAACUCAUGUGGAGAGAAUUGGGGAGAAAAAGGAUACUACGAAUUCUGCGGGGGCGCAAUAUCUGUGGAGUAGACUCAUUAUCUCGACUGUUGCUGCUAUUCCGACUAAUUGAAAUAAAGUUUUGAUUGGGCUGAUUAGUAUUACUGACGAUUGUCAUCACUGUCCAUGAACUAUCGAUGUAUUAUUGUGGUUGUCUAUUUUUAGGUACUCAGAGAACU